AUGGCGGCUGGGAGACAUGGCGGUUACCGCGAUAACGAAUUCAGAGAGCGCGAAUCGAAACUCGAAGGGUCUAGACGUGGAUUCGCGAAUUCGAAAGAGGAUUACGAUCGUGUUAGGAAUGGUGGGGGUGAUGUUGUGAGGGGUGGGUCCAGGGACAAGGUUAGGGUGAGGCAGAGAGAUAUUAAGGAGAGGGAAGGUGUUAAUGGCGGUUACCGAUCCUCUUCGAGUAGGAGUGACUCUGGCAGCAGUGGCCUUGGUCCUCGCCGGUGUGGUUUCUCUGUCAAGGCAAUGGAUAGAGAGCCUGGUGAGCUUUCCAGUGAGAGUGGUUCUGAUGAUGCUAUUGAAUCAGAAUCGGGGCCCAAACACUCCGAGGUUGCCACGUUGGAAGAAACCAGAACCCAGUCUUCGCCGGUGCCUGAGAGGAAAAGGAAAUUUUCGCCCAUUGUGUGGGAUCAGGAUGACAAGGAUGUCCGUGAGUCAUCCAAAGUUAGGGUUUCUGCCUCUGCGGUGGUGACAGCAGCUCUUCCUCCUCCGCCUCCAUUGCCAAAGGUUUUCCGUCAGUCACUGUCACCAAAUGCUUUGAAUAGUGGAGUUGAAAUACAUCCUGUCAAGAACAGGGAGACUGAGAAUCUCCAGUUGAAUUCAGCAUCUAAGAUUAUAUUGCCCUCUCCUUCAGGUUUGCAUUCAUCGCCUCCGAAAGGGAGGUGGGGUGAUGAUCAAGAAGCUGAACAUCUAGAAGGUGAAGAUUAUGUUCCAACUCGCAAUAUAUCGUCUUCAAGAUGGGCAGCUGGAGAUAACUCCCCUGUUGAUGAGGGUGAGAUCCUCAAUGAUGAGGAAAUACCCAAAAGGCGGAGGAAGGUGUCUCCUGAGCUAUUGGAUGGCAGACUAAGGAACAAGCUAUUGAGCCCUGAGGAAUCUAAGAUAGAAGGUAUUGAAGGAGCUAGAGCCAGAUCAUCUGAAUCUGAAGAAAGAGGUGUCCGUGGUAGAACUUCCAGUGGUGAUGAUCAUCCUGGUAUUGAGUCAGAGAAGGAUGACUUCAUGGAGGUUGAUGCUCAAGGUGGGAAAAGUGAAAACAGUGUCAGUCACUCAGACACGGAUUAUGAAGAUGAAGAUGAUGGCCGGGAGACUCCAGAACCUCCUUCUCCACCUCAAAGAACUGUCAACAUGCUUCAGGGUUGUAGAAGUGUUGAUGAGUUUGAGAGACUUAACAAGAUAGAUGAAGGAACAUAUGGUGUUGUAUAUAGGGCUAGGGAUAAAAAAACUGGAGAAAUUGUAGCGUUGAAGAAAGUCAAGAUGGAGAAAGAAAAAGAGGGUUUCCCACUGACUUCUCUUAGGGAAAUAAACAUUCUUCUUUCUUUUCACCACCCAUCCAUAGUUGAUGUUAAAGAAGUAGUGGUAGGAAGUAGCCUUGAUAGCAUUUUCAUGGUCAUGGAAUAUAUGGAGCAUGACCUUAAAGGACUAAUGGAAGCAAUGAAGCAACCUUUCAGCCAGAGUGAAGUGAAGUGCUUGAUGAUCCAGCUUUUAGAAGGUGUGAAGUAUCUUCAUGAUAACUGGGUGCUUCAUAGGGAUUUAAAGACUUCAAACCUGCUUCUAAAUAAUAGGGGUGAGCUCAAAAUUUGUGAUUUUGGCUUGGCUCGUCAGUAUGGGAGUCCUUUAAAGCCCUAUACACACCUGGUGGUUACGCUUUGGUACAGGGCACCUGAACUUCUUCUGGGGGCAAAACAGUAUUCAACAGCCAUAGACAUGUGGUCUUUAGGUUGUAUAAUGGCUGAGCUAUUGUCUAAGGAACCACUGUUCAAUGGGAGAACAGAGUUUGAUCAACUUGACAAGAUUUUUCGGAUUCUUGGCACUCCAAAUGAAGCAAUAUGGCCUGGUUUCUCAAAAUUACCUGGAGUCAAGGUCAAUUUUGUCAAACACCAGUACAACCUCCUGCGUAAAAAGUUCCCUGCCACAUCAUUCACUGGAUCUCCUGUUCUUUCUGAUUCAGGGUUUGAUUUGUUGAACAAGCUUCUAACAUAUGACCCUGAAAAGCGUAUCACUGCUGAAGCUGCUCUAAAUCAUGAGUGGUUCCGUGAGGUUCCUCUUCCCAAAAGUAAAGAAUUCAUGCCUACAUUUCCUGCCCAACAUGCUCAGGACAGGCGCAUGCGGAGAAUGUACAAGAGUCCAGAUCCUCUAGAGGAGCAGCGGCGGAAGGAGUUGCAGCAGGGUGAAUCAGGGACUGGUGGAAUUUUUGGCUGA